CGGAGGCCUAAACGUAUUUUAAAAGGGGGUGGUCGAUGUAACUAGCACUGAGAAGUUAGCGCGCGCCGAGGGCUCCUCCUCCUGCGCCUCUGUGUGUCUCCGCCUUGCUGCCUCGUGCAUGACCAAGACCUAAACCUGGCUUGCAAAGGGCGUUCGAAGAACCGGCGCCUCCCAGCAACGGCUGAUGAUCCCCAACAAGCGGCGAGGGUUGGCGACACAGCAAUCUCCCGGCAGGCAAAAAGGGAAGCGCGGGAGCGGCCUCGUCUCUUUCGGCGGAGAGGCCGCCUUCCUUGCCUUCGCAAGCCCAUUCAGGCUGGGAGGGAGUCAUGGAGAGGCUGACGUUACAGCCGGGGGCCGCAGCGGCCAUAGACGAGUAUCUGGAGUACAAGAGGAUUGUAGGUGAAGAUGAUGGAGGGAAACUCUUUACCCCUGAAGAAUACGAACAAUACAAGAAAAAAGUGUUACCAAUACGGUUACAAAACAGAUUGUAUGUGAGCUGGAGAUCACCAACUGGCAUGGACUGCAAACUUGUGGGACCAGAAACCCCAUGUUUUUGUACUCAUAGGUAUAAACAACACAAAACAGACUUUGAAGUGAUUCCAAAGGAACGUCCAAUUAGUUUACCUUGCAGGGUGAGCCGAUGCCCUUGCAAAUCUUAUCACUUUGUUCCUCUUAAUGGUACUCAGCCCAUCCGCUGUAGAUGCAAGCACUUUGCUGAUCAGCAUAGUCCAGCCCCUGGGUUUGCAUGUAACACGUCCACCGAAUGGAGCAGCGGGGAAGUAAUUUGCCUAGGGAGCAAGAGGUUGCUGGUUCGAAUCCCUGCUGGUUCUAAAUGUUCAGGGUUUCACAGUAGCUUCACUUGUGGAUGUGGUCAGCCAACAUAUGCUCAUGAAACAGUAGUGGAAACAAAAGAUGAACGCUUAGCCCAAGGAAAGCCAGUGGGACAAGAUGUCCCUUAUGCUGCAAUGGGAGGAUUAACUGGCUUUAGUUCUCUAGCAGAAGGCUACAUGAGACUUGAUGACAGUGGGAUAGGAGCACCUUCAGCUCAGUUUCUAGAAUCGCCAGUGACGAACAUGGACCAUCCCUUUUUAAAAGCAUUCCAGGGACCCUCUAGCUCCAUGCAAGCACAAUCCCAAUUAACAGAUGGUGGUGCUAGUGCUGCAAUGCAAGUCUCCUGUUUAAGGAAACCUGAAGAAGAUGACAUGGCUUACUUUGAAAGGCAGUAUCAGGAACGGGUAUUUCUUCAAUCUCUAAAUAGAGACUUGCUUGGCAGUGCAGUGAUACCUACUUGGCGCUCUUAUUUUGAUCACAAUAGGCCACGUUGAAAAAAGAGAAGGCUGCAAAACAGAAAGGAAAAAGUCGAAUGCCAAAGAAUCUGUGACAACAUAGUAUUAUUAUUAUUAUUUUUUUGGUGAAUUGUCAUUCAUCAGUACUUUGAUAUGUUUUCCUUAAUGGUUAAGAUAUGUUUGUAAUUUUCUCCAUCUAUUCUGUAUGUAAGGCAGAUAAAUAUACAGAUCAAAUAAAACUGAGAAUAUGUGGUA